AGUGAUUUAUGAUUAUUUCGAGCAGCAAUAUGAUAUGACGAUUUGUGGCAUAGAAUCAAUGAAAAACGACAACAACGAAAAAAAUCGAAACGUUCAGCAACAAAUAAACAGCAAAAAAAGUGUUAGACACAGCAGAAAAAGUUGGUUAUUGUGGUAAGAACAAUGCAACAAUUAAUUCAUAAUUGAUCGAUCAUUUCUAACAAAAAACGAACAUACGAAAAUUCUUCCACAAGUAGCGCUGAUCAAAUAUGGCUACAAAAUUUGAAAAUGUUGAUGAAAAUGUUGAAAAUGAAAAUAAUAAACAAAUCAAUUCAAAUGAUUUUACCGGUGGUUUUGGUUGGUGGCAAAUGAAUAUAACUAUUUUUUAUUUUGUUGCCUAUAUUUUGACUGCAAUCAACAAUUUGGGCUACGUUUUUCAGGCAGCUAAUACUGAUUUUCAUUGUGUUCAUCCAAUCAUUAUCACACCAACAUCAACAAUUGAUUCGAUUACGAUAAAUAAUGAUCUCGAUCCAUUACAUUUGAAUAAAUCAUCGACAAUAGACAAUUUUUUUUCAACACCGAGUUCAAUCUCAAAUUAUUCAUCAUCAUUAUCAUGUGAAAAUGUUAAAUAUUGUUCGAAAUUGAUUUAUAAUAAUUCAAUAGAAUUCGAUGAAACAAUUACAUCAAAGUUUGAUUUAAUUUGCGGCAAAGAAUGGCUGCGAUCUUUUUCACAAUCCAUGUAUCAAUUAGGUUUUGUGUUCAGUGGCGUAAUAAUUGCAUGGAUUUCUGACAAAUAUGGACGGAAAUUCGCACUACAGGUUUCAAUCGCAUUCGAAUUACUUGGAGGCCUUUUGUUGAUUUUAUCACCAUCUAUUCUAUUGUUUACGUUAUCCAGAUUGAUACUGGGAUUCGGCGAUAGUGGUCGUGGAAUGUGUUUGUACAUGUUAUUGAUGGAAACGGUGGGAACAAAAAGAAGAUCAGACGUGAUAAUGGUUUGUAAUUUUGGUUGGAUAAUUGGAUAUCUCUUACUUCCGAUUUUAGCAUAUAUCCUACAUAAUUAUAUUAUAGUCCAAUCAAUAGCUACCUUGACCAUGACAAUGAUGGCAGUUUUUUGGUUGCCAUAUCUACCGGAAUCACCAAGAUGGUUGCUGGCCAAUGAAAAAUAUGAAAGAGCCAAAACAGUCCUGAAAAAGGCAUGUAAACGCAACAAUCGAGUUGAAGUGGUCAACGAAUUUGAAUUCAGAUUUGAAUCGUUGAAAAACAAAGCUAAAAAAUUGAUAACCAACGGCAAAGAAGUGGAAGAACAAGAUCAACAACAAUCAAAUGGUGAAAAAGUGACAUUUUGGACAAUGGUGACAAAUAAGAAAUAUUGUAUGAUGACAAUGAUUCUGUGGUUUUCAUUUUUUGUCAAUGGUUUCAUUUAUCAUGGUUUUUCAUUAAAUGUGGAGAUACUUGGGGGUAAUGUUUUUAUCAAUUUUGCUUUGGCUGGCCUUGUGGAAAUACCAAGUGUUGUGAUAAGUUUGAUUGGAAUGCGUUACAUCGGACGGAAAGCAUUUACAAUUUUUACCAUAAUUUCAGCUGCUUGCUGUUACGCAAUUAUAGCUACAUUCCGUUUAGCAUGUGAUGAUCUAUCGGAUAAUGACAUCAUGUUGGUAACAUUAAGUAUGCUGGGCAAAAUGUUCAUAUUUGCUACCUUUAAUGCCAUCUAUAUUCAUGCGGGAGAAAUAUUUCCAACAAGACUUCGUCAAUCUGGUGUUAGUUCAUGUUCCGUUGCAGCUCGUGUUGGUUCAACUAUUGCACCAUUCGUCAAAGAUUUGACAAUGUCAUUUGGAUUGACAAAUACAAUCUUAAUGUUCACAGUGUUAUCAUUAAUGGCCGCUAUUGGAACAUUUUUUCUACCUGAAACCAAAGACAAAGAUUUGGUCGAUACUCUUGAAUGAAAAUUACAACAAUUAGGAAUCAAUAAUGAAAAUUCAAUUUUUAUUUUUUGAAAAAACAUUUUUUUGUAAAAUAAUAGAAAUAUAUUUUUUCCAUAUUUAAUCUUUUUCUUCUG